AUGGUGAUCCCAUCAUCCUCCGAUAAUAUUGCCAACAUGGCAUUGUCUAACGGCUUUUCCCCCUCCCUCACCUCGAAUUCUCCAGCCCUGAACGGCGAACUGGCUGAUAACAACGCCGGUUACAACCCCUCUGAACAAUCGAACAAUUUCACCUCGUCCGAGUCAUCGCCCGAGGUGGAGAUGGAGGAUGCGUCGUAUCAUAGCGGCUCUCCUGAUGCUGAGGGACUUGGCAGUUACUCUGCUACAGAUAGUAGCGAGAAAGGUAGCAGCCCGUCCAGCAUCGAAAAUUCCUCGUCAUCUGAGAUUAAGCGUGGCAUCAAACGUAAAUCAUCGUCUAUGAGUGAAUCCGACUACAUCAGACAGAACCCAGAUCUGUAUGGUCUUCGCCGUAGCGGACGAGCUCGGACCACACGCCAUGUUAUUCGAUCCACCUCUACAGAGUCAGAUUCUGGCGCUAGGGUCUCACGCCCCAAGCGUCGACGCCCGGCAGCCUCACAGCGGUCCUCGAAGCGUCCCUCGCCUCCGGCAACUCCGUCAUCUUACUCCGCCGAGUCGGAUGAUGACGAGUAUGGCGGACCUUCUCGUACCAGUAAGGCGAAACGUCGGCGUAUGUUUCAGCCAGCCUCAAACAGAGAACCUUCACAUGCUGAAAUCCGUUUCUCGACGCGGAAUACUUCUCGUGUUUCCAAUUACAAUGAAGACAAUGAUGACGAAAUGUUCGGUGAAGAUCCUGAUGAGGUUAUGGACAACUAUCAGGCAAACGCUGUGCAAGACGACGGUCCAGCUGUAGAUGUCGUGCUAAACCAUCGCCCCAAAGAGGGAGUCAGUCCUGGUGACAAGAAUGUUAAUGAGCACUCCUUUGAAUUGUACAUCAAAUGGCAGGGGGAAUCUCAUUACCAUGCCACAUGGGAAACUCUCGAAUCCCUUGGAAAGAAGUGCCGCAACAAUCGCCGAGUUGAUAACUACAUUCGCAAGGUUCUUUCUGAAGAGCUGCGUAUGAAUCAUGCCGGAGAUGCCCUUCCCGAGGAGCGUGAAAAAUGGAACCUUGACCGUGAAAGAGAUAUGGAGGCUAUCGAGGACUACAAACAAGUUGAAAGAGUGAUCGCGAUGCGGGAUGGUGAUGAGGGAACAGAGUAUCUCGUCAAAUGGAAGCGACUGUUUUACGACUCUUGUACCUGGGAGAGCGAAAGUCUCGUCAGCCAGAUCGCUCAACGCGAGGUCGAUCGCUUCUUGGACCGUGCCUCUCAUCCUCCCUCGUCUGACAAGACCGAGAUGAACCCUGCGACUCGCAAACCCUUCGAACCAAUCAAAGGCACACCGAGCUUUUUACAGAACGGCGAAUUGAAAGAUUUUCAAGUCAAGGGAGUCAACUUCAUGGCUUUUAACUGGGUCAAGAACCGCAACGUUGUUCUGGCUGAUGAGAUGGGAUUGGGUAAAACCGUCCAGACGGUCGCCUUCAUUGCGUGGCUGCGUCAUGUCCGACGCCAGCAGGGACCUUUCAUCGUCGUCGUCCCUCUCUCGACUAUGCCAUCCUGGGCUGAAACCUUCGACAAUUGGUCCCCUGACCUGAACUAUGUGGUCUACAAUGGAAAUGAGGCCGCACGCGCUAUGCUCAAAGAUCAUGAACUGAUGAUCGACGGGAAUCCCAGACGUGCCAAGUUCAACGUUCUACUUACUACCUACGAGUAUGUGCUACAGGACUCGACUUUCCUGAGUCAGUUCAAGUGGCAGUUCAUGGCCGUCGAUGAGGCUCAUCGCUUGAAGAAUCGUGAUUCGCAGUUGUAUCAGAAGCUGCUGGAAUUCAGAUCUCCCUCUCGUCUCCUCAUUACUGGAACUCCUAUUCAGAACAAUCUUGCUGAGCUGUCCGCACUCAUGGACUUCUUGAAUCCUGGCGUCAUUGAUGUUGACGUAGAUAUGGACCUCAAUGCCGAAGCGGCUUCUCAGAAGUUAGCUGAAUUGACGAACGCCAUCCAGCCUUACAUGCUUCGCCGUACGAAAUCGAAGGUCGAGUCUGACCUUCCUCCUAAAACGGAGAGGAUCAUUCGAGUUGAACUUUCGGACGUGCAGCUGGAGUAUUACAAAAACAUUCUUACGAAGAAUUACGCAGCCUUGAAUGAUGGCGCAAAGGGCCAAAAGCAAUCCCUUCUGAACAUCAUGAUGGAAUUGAAGAAGGCUAGCAACCACCCAUUCAUGUUCCCCAAUGCUGAAACCAAGAUACUCAACGGAAGCACGCGUCGUGAGGACCAAAUAAGAGCACUCAUCACAAGCAGCGGGAAGAUGAUGCUUCUCGACCAGCUCUUGGCCAAGUUGAAACGAGAUGGUCACCGCGUUUUGAUUUUCAGUCAGAUGGUGAAAAUGCUUGACCUACUCGGCGAGUAUAUGGAAUUUCGUGGCUACUCGUAUCAGCGCUUGGAUGGAACGAUUCCUGCUGCUUCGCGCCGUCUGGCUAUUGAGCAUUUCAACGCGCCCGGCAGUAGCGAUUUUUGCUUUCUUCUGUCUACUCGGGCGGGUGGUCUAGGUAUCAACCUUAUGACUGCCGAUACUGUCAUUCUGUUUGACUCAGACUGGAAUCCUCAGGCUGACCUUCAGGCGAUGGCCCGAGCACACCGGAUCGGUCAAACCAAACCAGUGAGCGUAUACCGUCUUGUUUCGAAGGAUACCGUUGAAGAAGAAGUUAUCGAGCGAGCUCGCAACAAGUUGUUGCUCGAGUUCAUCACUAUUCAAAGGGGCGUCACUGAUAAGGAAGCAUCGGAGAUUCAAAGCAAGAUGGCCCGGAAUGGCAUUUCCGUUAGCGAACCGAAUUCCACCGAGGACAUUUCCCGUAUUCUCAAACGGCGCGGUCAAAGGAUGUUCGAACAGACUGGAAACCAGCAGAAAUUAGAACAGCUCGACAUUGAUUCGGUGUUGGCCAACGCAGAAUUGCAUCAGACCGAACAGGCCGAAGGGAUCCAAGCUGACGGCGGCGAGGAGUUCCUUAAAGCCUUUGACUUCGUUGACAUCAAAGUCGACGAUCUUACUUGGGACGAUAUCAUCCCCAAGGAUCAACUGGACGAAAUCAAAGCCGAGGAAAAGCGCAAGGCGGACGAAAAGUACCUGGCCGAGCAAAUCGAAAUGAGUCGACCCCGCAAACGCAAUGCUCCCGCUGAUGGGCAGGACUCUCGCGAAGAGAGAAAGGCCAAGCGACAAGCCAAAGCUCAGGUCACUGUUGAUGAAGGGGACAGCAGCUCUGACGAAAUUGACCGGCUGGACCCUCGGCUGGAUCCGAAACGUCCUCUUGAUACAUCAGAGACCCGCAAUCUUUACCGGGCCGUCACACGUUACGGACACAUGCAAGAUCGCCCAGAAGAACUCUUGCGGGCAGCCCGUCUUGUGGGUCGGGACAAGGAAACUGUUCUUGCCGUGAUGCGGGAAAUGUGUGAUAUGGCUGCCAAACUCAUCCGAGACGAUAAUGCGAAGAUGGAGGCGCUGGAAAAUGCAGGCAAGACGGUAACAAAGAAGGAGAGGAAGGCUGUCUUGUUUGAUUUCAAUGGCGCUACCCGCUUGAAUGCUCACUAUCUCACGGAUCGUCCGAACGGCGUGCGCAUUCUGCAGCAGGUCACCUCAUCAGUUGCUGACAUCAAGAGCUUUCGCAUUCCGGAAGCAACAAAGGCCGCUGAUUAUUCAUGCUCGUGGGGCGCGCGGGAAGACGGCAUGUUGUGCGUCGGUGUCGCUCGCCACGGAUGGGGUGCCUGGACCCAGAUUCGGGAUGACCCGGAACUUGGACUGGGUGAUAAGCUCUUCUUGGAGGAGCAUCGUGUCGAGCGCAAAAAUGAGCGUGCGAACGCCGAGGAUAACACAAUCAAGACUCCGGGACCGGUUCAUCUGGGUCGCCGGGUCGAGUAUUUGCUAUCAGUGCUGAAAGACAAGUUGACCAACGGCACCAAUAUUUCUGCCAGGAGGGCUGUGGAAAACCAUCAUCGCAACAACCGGAGUGCCGCUCGGACCAAUGCAAGCGCCAGCGUCUCGGCCUCGCCCGCACCGUCUGUCCCGCGCAAAGGUCACCGUGAAGCAGACCGUCAAAGACACCGUUCUCAGACCCAUGGCGCCCGUGACAGUGUGGAGCGAAACCACACUCCAGGUCCGGCUUCUCGCCCAAAGUCCGGCCAAGAGAGUGACCGUCGUCGCAAAUUGUCUGACGCCUCGAGUGAGGAUGUUCGUCGUCGUAAACCGAGUGAGCGUAAAUCGAGCGAUAACGGCAAUUCCGACGAGAUGCUUCGCCUCUUGUUCAAACCUAUUCUUUCAUCACUUGAGCGAGUUUCUACUGUGACUAGAGCCAACAUCCCAAACAAAGCGCGCCGCGCCUCGGAGUUGCGCAACCAACUUGGCUACAUUGGCGGAUUCAUUCGGAAGACCUUAAAAGGAGACAAUUACAUGCCGUCUCUUGAAAUUCGCUUGUGGUGA